AAACAAGAUGGCCGCCCCCAUGACAGGAAAACAGAAAAAAGAGAUCUAUUUGAACUUUUAGCAAGAGAAAAAUUACACGGUAGUACGGAUGAAAUCUGCUACAGUUACAAUCGCUCGGAUUAUGGCCAUUUUUCCUUGAUAAAGGUAUAGAUUAAAUUACUCGAAAGACAAUCAAAUUUCAAUUAAUUAAUAGUCAAGUAAACUAAUUUCGUGCUAACCUAUUUUUCGUGCAUCUCUGGAAAUGAAUACUAAUUCAUAUGUGCGACUUCGCGUGACCUCCGCAUUUGCUUGCUUGUUUUGAUAAACAUGGCUUAUCUGUACAAUGUCAGGUAGUAGAAUGAAUCCAGUAGUUUCAAGCAAGAUUAUUGUUUUAGAGAAGUAUAGGCUAACCCAUGAAAAUGAGAAAUAAAUCAAGUUGUGUUGACCUUCCAUCUGUAACCAAAUCUGCUUCAAGACUGGUGAAAGGAAAAUCCAAAACUCGGAUCAGCUUGAACUUUGCUGCUAAUUGUUCAGCAAUCAAAAUACAUGAUACUAGUUCUUCUAAGAAAGAAAGACUCCUGAAAAAUAGUAAAUUUAUUAAAUCAGUGUAUGGCCCAGCUCAAUCUGAUAACAAUCUCAGGACUUCUUCAGCUCCUCGGAUUGGUCGUGUUAAUUUCAGUGAUGUGGUCUGUCAGAUUAGUUCAUCUUCACCUACUACUUCACCAUCCAAGUCAACAGUUGCUAAUGAUGCAUAUAUGAAGAAAGUCACCAAAAUUUAUCAAUCACAAUGUCAAUCUGGUACUGUUGUUGUUUGUGGAGUUGAAGUACCUUGUGCACCUCCUGCUACACCAACACCAGAACAGAUGAAAUAUCAUCAAUAUAUACCUAGUCUCAAUGAUGUAAUGGCUCAGCGAACUGUUAAGUUACGUUUAGAAAAAAUUGAAAAAAAGGAACAGAAAAAACAAGAUAGAAAACGUGAAGAAGAAAUUAAGCUUGAAAAAAUGCACCAGAAAGACAAGUUAUUUGAAAAACGAAGAAAACAGAGACAAGAAAUAUAUGCUCUCAAUAAAAUCAUGACAGAGUUGGAAAAUAAAAGAUUUGAAGAAUUUUGUAAAGCUAAAGGAAUAUCCUAACAGAUGCCUGUUGUAAAUCUAUUCUUAUUCAGUAUUAACCACUUCUGUGAUGUUUACCUUUUGCUUGAACUUGUUAGAUCCACACGUCAUAUUCCAAUAAGAAAUAGUCAAAUGAAAAUGCGUUUAAUAUUUCACUGAAAUCUUAGAUUAACAUAAAUAAUUUUAGCAAGUAAGUUUUGUGAGAAUCUGAUGAUGAUUUAGCCUUUUUCAACCACACUCACCUCUUACACCAAAAUGAAUAGUACAUCUUCGUCACCUGCAAAAUUAGAUCUUAUUCAUCAACAAAACACUUACAAUUGCAAUUGAUGUAUUAGAUUAUAUUAACUGUAUGAAAAACAAGCUGUAAUAUUUUUGUGCUAUUUGUGAUCAGUUAAUGUAUUGAUUACUGGUAUUUGAGGAAAAAUUUAUAUUGUUUAUCCAAAUCAGCAUCAAUUUAAAGAUGGGUUUCCUAAUUCUCUUCUAAUUUAGCUAAAUAUGAAUUUAUCAUGGACAUGUGAGACAAACUAGUCUUACUACUGUUACUAAUAUGAAUGUCUUGAUUAAUGAAUAAGACAGAUUUUAUGAAAAAAAAGCUUAUGUAUCAUAUUGAAUAUUUUAUUAUUAAAUUAUUAAUAAAGAAAGUGCUUGUGCCCAACAUAAAUACUAUUCCAUACUUAUGAAUAGAAUAAACCUCAUUCUAUCAAAAUUUACAUAAGAUGUAAUGAUCUGGAAUGAAAUGGAACUAAUGACUUUCUACAUCUAAUUGACAAGAUAACAUCUUAUGGGAAUGUGUGAGACAGUUGACAAUUGGGAAUCUGUAGCACAAUGUACAUGAAAUACUUUAAAUUGUUUGUGUUCCUGAUUGAGGGUCAAUGAUGAUGUAGAAUAGUUUGAUUAUGUCACUAAGGGAAGAUUGGAACUCUCAGUUGAAAUUGUCUCUCCAGGCCUAUUUGUUAAAUUAGCAAUUUUGUUUAUUUUCAAGAACUAAAAGCUUAUUUGUCCUGUGUUUAUAUUUUCAUAACAUUGUUCAAUGUUUAGUGGUUACAUUCCAAGUGCCAAAUCAGAUAUGACUGAAAAGAGCAAAUUACACAUCACUCACAAAAUAGCACUUUAAAAUUUACAUACAAUAUCAAAAUCCUGUAUAAUAAAAUGUUAAGGGCCAUGAUAAGCCUGACUACAUAAUUUGAAUGCUAAAGAUUCAGCAUAUCUCAUUUUUCACAGUAUAAUGACAUUUGAAUAGGCUAAUUCCGACAUUAGAUUUAUAAGAAAGUAAUUUAUGAUAGAUUUCUCUGGUUAAUUGAAUAUUCCAGGAAUGCUUAUAAAACAAUGAGUGAAUUCAAAAAUAAUAAAAUAAAAU